UUGUUGUGAUUGGCUGUGCUUAGAGGACAAGGCUCACGGGACAGCAAGAUGUCCGCGUUCAUUUGAAAAUGUCCGUUUAAUUUGUAUUUAUGGCGCAAGAUUACUUUUAGGUAUUUUAUGCUGGGUUUAGCUAUCGAAUUAUUCCUGUGGGGAGGUAUCAAUUUAACAAAAAAGGAACGGACUCCGAGACAAGAGCCUGACUAUUCGUUAUUACCAGAAAUAAUGCUGAUAUUCGGAACUCAUGUCGAACGUCUAUGAAGAGAGAUCCACAAUGAUAGCCGCUGGGGAAUUGCAGUCGUUUGUUCCGUUCGGUCGUGAGCACUGUAAAAACCACCCGAACGCCGUGAAUCUCCAGCUGCGGCAGCUACAGCCGGCCUCCGAGCUUUGGUCCUCAGACGGAGCUGCUGGUCUCGUGGGUUCCCUUCAGGAGGUUAGCCUUCAAGAGCGCGAGAAGGAAUACUGGCAGCUUAGGAAGGGCCCAACUGUGGCAACAGAUGAAGCUGAAUAUGAAGAGGAACUGUACGUGGCUGGACACAUGGUUAUUUGGAGUCGUGGGACCAAGAGUCAAGCUUCUUAUGUGUACAAGGCUUUCACAGUGGACAGCCCAGUGCAGCAGGCCUUGUGGUGUAAUUUUACUGUUCCCCAGUCCCACAAAGAUAAAAAGGAGAAAGUUGAACAAAGUGUCUGCAUAGUCCAAAGCACGUGUGUAAAUGUACACACUGUAAGUGGAAAAGACUUCAUCUCCCCACUACCAUUUCAGGUCUCUACACUGUGGCCAACGACAUUUGGCUUGCUUUUUGAGCGCAAAAACAUCAUAUCUGAUGCUCCCAUGAGUCCUACAAGGGAACCUCUUCCGACUCUCUUCAGCAUGCUCCAUCCACUGGAUGAAAUUGCCCCUGUUGUAUGUAAGACCACAGGGGCAGGCCUGUUUGAGACAGGACGGCUGCAGUAUGUAUCAGACAGUGCCCUUCGAGUGUUGUUCUCCUGUGAGGAGCCCUCUAUCAUCAUGACCUAUGACACACUGCAGUGCAGUCAUACUGUCUGGGCCUUGCGCAAGGUUACACCAGAGGAGCAGUCUACGCUGCUGAAAUGGCCGGGACAGGACGGCCCCGCUCAGACCCCUACGGCUGCUGCCACCUUUCUUGGUGCCCACCUGCGGAACGUGACCCGGCUGGACUCGCCCGGGUCGCCCCUGCACUGUCACGCCCUGCACAACCAGAGCCGCGUGCCCUCCUCGCCCAGCCUCCACUCACGUGCCCACUCACCCAACAUCUCCAAUAUGGCCGCCCUCAGCCGGGCCCACUCCCCUGGAAUUGCGGCACCCUCUUUUACCGGAGCGCAGCGUUUCAACAUGUCGUGCCACUCCCCUUCUCCCCGUGCGCACAGCCUACUGGCCUCGCCCAACAGCACGCUCAAUGACACGGCCCUGCUGCCCGAGAUGGAGCCCAUCCUCCCAGACCUCUGCAUCGAGCAGCUCUGGUCCGAGUCUGCUGCUGCCUACAGGGAGAAGAGCUGCCAGGCUUCCAAAGUGUUCAUCACCUCCGACCUGUGUGAGAGCAGAUACUUGUGCUUCCUGGUUGAAUCCCACCAGCAGCUCAGAUGUGUGAAGUUUCUUGAAAGCAAUGAAACUUCCCAACUUAUAUUCACAUCAGUCACCUCCAUUCCAGCCAAAGAUGCUGUUCCUUUGGAGGGUAUUGAUGCUUUGCUGGUAUUAGAGAGCAAUGGUAGCCUGGUCUUGUACACAGGGAUCACACGGGUAAGCAAAGUGUUUGUCCCUGGUCUUCUGUUGAAUUUGCCCAAUCACCUGACCCAUUUGAAUACCCCUCUGGAGAACGUGAGCACUCCUGCUAAAGCAACAGUUCAACAUAUGAGCAGACUUGAGGAGCCUGACAUGCCGUCCCCAGUGUCUGAGGUGCGAAGUUCAGUGCAGCACAACGAGUCAUCCUGGCUGGAGGACUCGACGUUCCAGCCGGCCGCACCCCACAUCCAGGCUCUCCGAGAUCCUGUCAGUAACAGAGUCACAAUGGAACUGAGCAACAGCUCAAUGCUGAGGAUCACCAUUCCUGAAGUAGCAACGUCGGAGCUCGUGAAGCGAUGCCUGCAGGCCAUUCGGUUCAUCUUGCCCAAAGACAUGGCUAUGAAGGUGCUGGUGAAGUGGUACAACAUCUACAAUGCUCCUGGAGGUCCCAGCAUGCACCAGGAGUGGAAUCUCUUUGUUACCUGCUUUAUGACGCUAAUGGGCUACAACACAGAGCGACUGGCUUGGACACGAAAUCUCCAUAUUGAAGUGCCCCUGUCUCCAGUAAUCGCUCCUAAGAAGGCACGGCCUGCAGACACAGGCUCUGAUGAGGACUGGGCAUACCUCUGUGCCUCAGACUACCACUGUCAGGUGUUGGCACAGCCUGCAGUGGGGGUGCCAGGUCUGCAGGAGGCAGUGCCCAUUGCCUCCAUGGAGGAGGGCGGGCCGGUGGUGGGGCUGGAGCCCUCAGCCCUGCUCUUCCCCCAUAUCCCGGCACUCUUCUACGUGCUGCACCUGCUGUAUGAGGACCUGAAGCUGGACGAGCUCCAGCGUGGAGGGGCGCGCUCCCUCAUCGGCCUCUUACAGCAGCUGGCCAGGGACCUACAGCUGGAGGAGUACAUUGAUCUGUACUGGCGUGAUUACCCUUCAUUUAUCAAAACCUUCAAGGAAGCCUGCGUGAUCGAUCAGGCUCAAUUGGAGCAGGUGAGCUGGCCGAUGUACCUGAAUGGCGAGGUGCCAUGUGUGUUUAGCUGGCUCAGUAGCUGUCUGAGGGGACAGGAAGUACCUCCCUUUCCCUACCUGCCUGGAAUUUGUGAGAGGACCAAACUACUUGUGCUGAGCUAUGCGCUGUAUGUAGUGGGGGAUGAAAACGCCGUCUCGACGAAUGUAUCUAAAUACCUGACAAGGCUCACUGCAGGUGAACUGUCUACUGCUGACAAAAAAAAGGGUUUUGGUGAGCCUGCUCUAAGGAGGCAGAGCAGUGUAAAGCCCUGUGCUCCAUCAGGCUGCCUGGCAGAGAAACUGGUGGUAUGGUUGACCUCUGCAGGAUUUUUAUCGAAUGACCUGGAAUCUGUGCCUUUUGGCGUGGCUCUGCCAAUUAGAGAUGCCAUCACACAGUGCAGAGAACACCCCUGUUCUGAUUGGUCUGAAGAGGUUUGUGCCCUUAUUGGACGGGAGGACCUAACCAAGCAGGCUCACAAAGUUUCUUUGGCCAAAGGAAAGCCAAUGGUUGGACUAAACAUCCCACUGGAGCCCCCUGUAACGAGCGAGGCGGAUGAGGAAGAGGAUGGCAUGGUGGACCUCCACCCGGAGGUGACUGGGCUGAUAUGGAAUCAGGACCUACGUGUUCAGGAGGUGCGGCGCCUGCUCCAGAGCUCCAGACCCGUACGUGUCAACGUGCCCCAUCUGCCCGAGGUCAGCGACCACGAGUACAUCGAAGAGAAGGAGAACAAGCUCCUGCAGCUGUGCCAGCGCACCAUGGCUCUGCCUGUUGGCCGAGGCCUCUUCACGCUCUUCUCCUACCACCCUGUGCCAACUGAACCCCUGCCCGUGCCCAAGCUGAACCUGACAGGCCGAGCUCCGCCCAGGAACACCAUGGUGGACCUGAACAGUGGCAACAUCGAUGUGCCACCCAAUAUGACCAGCUGGCCCAGCUUCCACAAUGGCGUGGCGGCUGGCCUGAAGAUCGCACCAGCCUCUCAGGUCGAGUCGGCCUGGAUCGCCUACAACAAGCCCAAGAGUGCCGAGUUGGCCAAUGAGUACGCCGGCUUCCUCAUGGCUCUGGGCCUGAAUGGUCACCUGACCAAACUCGCCACACUCAACAUCCACGACUACCUCACCAAGGGCCAUGAGAUGACGAGCAUCGGACUCCUGCUGGGCGUGUCCGCAGCCAAGCUGGGCACCAUGGACAUGUCCAUCACCCGCCUGCUCAGCAUCCACAUACCUGCACUGCUGCCUCCCACCUCCACCGAGCUGGACGUGCCUCACAGUGUCCAGGUGGCUGCCGUGGUGGCCAUCGGCCUCGUCUACCAGGGCACGGGCCACCGACACAACGCAGAGGUGCUGCUCGCCGAGAUCGGCCGUCCCCCUGGCCCUGAGAUGGAGUACUGCACAGACAGAGAGUCCUACUCUCUAGCAGCAGGUCUGGCCCUUGGCAUGGUUUGUCUGGGGCACGGCAGUAACCUGAUCGGGAUGACCGACCUGAAUGUGCCGGAGCAGCUUUACCAAUACAUGGUGGGGGGUCACAGGCGCUCACACGCUGGCAUGAACAGAGAGAAGCACAAGUCCCCUAGUUACCAAAUCAAGGAGGGUGACACCAUCAAUGUGGAUGUGACCUGCCCUGGUGCCACCUUGGCUCUUGCUAUGAUCUACCUAAAAACCAACAACAGGUCUAUAGCUGAUUGGUUGAAAGCCCCAGACACCAUGUUCCUGUUGGACUUCAUCAAACCGGAGUUCCUGCUGCUGAGGACUCUGGCCAGAUGCAUCAUCAUGUGGGAUGAGAUUCUGCCCAAUCAGGAAUGGUUGACCAGCAAUGUGCCUCAGAUAAUCAAAGACAGCAUUGGACUCCAGGAGGAAGCACUAGUUUCGGAGGACCUAAACAUGGAAACAUUAAUACAAGCUCAUGACUACAUCAUAGCUGGAGCCUGCAUGGCUGUGGGGUUUAGAUUCGCUGGAUCUGCUAAUUCGGAUGCCUUUGAAUGCCUAUACAAGUUUGCUCGCAACUUCAUGCAGUCCUUAACUACAACUACAUCAUCUACAGCCACAGUCCCGGGCCAAUAUAACCUGCAGACAUGUUUGAGCAUGGUGCUGUUGGCCACCUCCAUGGUGAUGGCCGGUUCAGGAGACCUGAAGGUGCUGCAGUUAUGCCGUUUCCUACACAAGCGCACCUUCGGUGAGAUGAACUACGGCUUCCACAUGGCCCACCACAUGGCCCUUGGCCUGCUUUUCCUGGGAGGAGGCAGGUACACACUGAGCACAUCCAACUCUGCCAUCGCUGCCCUCCUCUGUGCCCUCUAUCCUCAUUUCCCUGCUCAUAGCACCGACAACAGAUAUCACCUUCAGGCCCUGCGUCAUCUCUGUGUGCUUGCAGCCGAACCUCGGCUGCUGGUUCCUGUGGAUGUAGACACUCUGAAACCCUGCUAUGCCCUGCUUGAUGUCACCUACAAGGCGACACAGUGGUAUGAGGAGACAACUGUGGAAUUGAUGGCUCCCACCAUGCUGUCUGAACUGCACCUCCUGAAACAGAUCAAGGUGAAAGGUCCAAGAUACUGGGAGCUAAAUAUUGAUCUCAGCAAAGGAACUCAGCAUCUGAAGUCCAUCCUCUCCAGAGACGGCAUCCUUUAUGUGAAGCUGCGUGCAGGACAUCUGCCCUACAAAGACGAUCCACGCGGCUGGAAGAGUCUGCUGGCACCUAGCGUCAACAACAGAAACCCGGAAGUGCGCACCUUCAAGCCUGAAGCUAUUUCUACGUUUACCUCAGAUGCUGCCUUGGUGUCCUUUGCUGAGUACUUUUGCAAAGCAUCAGAGAAUAUGAAGCAUAAACAGGAAACAGUGGCCCUAUUCUCAGCUAUUCUAUAUGAAUGUGUGACCCAGGAGAACCCAGAAAUGCUUCCCACCCAUAUCUCUAUUGACCAGGCAGUGAAGGCGCUGGAGCGGGCGGAUGUGAGUGAGACGUUCGGCCUGUGGCAAAUGAAACUUGUCCUGGAGCUGUGCGAGCGUGGCGGACUGCAGCAGAAACCGCAGGAGGCCUGCCGACACGGCUGCGGCCAGCUGCUCCGCUCUGAGUUAUUGCCCGUCAUGAAGAGCUCGGCCGACCGAGCCCUCGACUGCUGGCUUCGUGAUAACAGCCAUGUACUGCAGGCGUAUGUGAGUGGCCAGCCGUUGAGUGAAGAUGCCAACAUUAGCAUGCUAGCCUGCUUUCUGGUCUACCACUCUAUUCCCAGCUCCAAAAGAAUGGCAACCAUAGACCUUGAGGGGAGCUCCUCUUUCCCCAUGUUCCUUCUGAAGUUCAGUCAGCUGGGCGUCCCUGUGCGUGCCUUGCUGCGUCUGAGACCCCUGCUUCUGCCCACAGGAGGCUGUGCUGCUGAGCUGCCUCGAUGACAUGCGGACGUCCCGUGUUUCUUCUGUUCCCACAUGCUGUUUCAGCAGGGACAGCCAGAUAUGCUCUGCAUGAAAUCUUUGUUAGGGUUUUUAAAAGUUAGGCUGGGCUGUGUAUGCUAACCCUAGCAUAACUAGUAGCUCCUCAGGGGGGUAAAGGUCGACCACACCUGCAUUGCAGUGAUGUAAAUAAUAUCAAUGUUUGUACUUGUGCUAAGUGUCAAUAAAUGAAGACUUCAGGUAAUGGUUCUUUUAAGUUA